AUGUCAGACACCUCCGCCCUCUCCUCCCGCCUCGCCGGAGUGCUGGCCCUGGACCUCGACGCGCCUGCCCUCGCCGCCACCCUCACGGCCUACACGCCGACUUCCCCCACCACCACCACAGCCACACCCGCCACCACCACAACCACGGGCCUGCCGCUGGCCGAGGCGCUGCGGUCGCAGCUGGAGAGCGCAGGGUUGGACUCGCUGCGAAGCUUCCUAGCCGCCCACGCCCCGCUGGAGGAGGAGCUGGACGGGCUCGACGCCGCCAUUCGCGCCCUGCAUGCCCGGACGGCGGCGACUCAGGCGCGGUACCAGGCUGCUGUGGGCGAGACGUCCGGGCUGGUGGCGCGCGCUGGCUCGCUGCAGGCCCAGGCUGCCAUCGAAGCCGACAAGGCUACCAUUGUCUUGGCCUUUCUGGCUGCCUAUCAGCUCACUCCCGACGAGGAGGCUGCGCUCAAGGCGCCCGCGCUCUCCGAAGCCUUCUUUGCCGCCCUUGACCGUGUCCGCGCCAUCAAAGCCGCCUGCCACGACGAGCUGCGCCCGGCUCCGUCUCAGCUCGCCGGACUAGAGAUCAUGGAUCAGAUGGCGGUGCUGGAGAACGAGGCCUACGAGCGCCUCUAUCGCUGGGUCCAGUCCGAGGGCCGCUCGCUCGACAAGGACGUGGCUGAGAUCCCAGACCUGCUCCGCAAGGCUGUGGUCGCGCUCAAGCUCCGCCCGGAGCUCUUUCAGUGCUGCCUGCAGGAGGUCGCCUCUGCCCGCCACACCGCCGUCGUUCGUGGCUUCCUCGACGCCAUCACCCGCGGCGGACCGUCGGGCAUGCCGCGGCCCAUCGAAGUUCAUGCCCAUGACCCGCUCCGCUACGUCGGCGACCUCCUCGCCUGGCUCCACCAGGCUGUCGCCUGGGAGAAGGAGCUGGUCUCGGUCCUUUUUGCCGGCGCGCCGGCUCCGGCUCCGGCUCCGGCGUCGGCCACCGGCUCGCCUCCGCGCGCCGCGCCCGACGCCGACUUUCUCGAAUCGCCACAGGCUCUACUCGCUCACAUCUUCCAGGGCGUCUGCCGGACCUUUCAGGUCCGCUUUGAGCAGUCUCUGGCCCAGCUCGGCGCUGGCUCCGCCGCUCCUGGCUCCGCCGCUGCCGGCUCCACUGCUGCCGCCCGCGCCGCCGCCCGCUCCUCACCCAAGUCGCUCUCCACCCUCUUCUCGCUCUCGAACCUCCUCCAGUUUUACACCGUCACGCUCGGCGCCUUCCUCGGCGAGUUUGCGCCGCUGGUCGAGUGCAUCGGCGUUUGUCGCGGCCGCGCCGAGGCUCUCUUUCAGCAGCAGCUCAAGGGUCUCGCCGACGCACUCGUCCACCGCCCACCGUCGGUUCCGUCCUCGCUCCGCCCGCCACCCGUCCUCGACACCACCGUCGCCCAGCUCUCCGAAGUCAUGCUCACCUUUUCCGGAUCGCUGGUCCCCGAGGACGAGCGCGAGUCGCAGUUUGCGCCCAUCCUCGACCUCGUCCUCCAUCCUCUCAUCAAGGCCUCCACCCUCUCUGCCGUCGCCCUGCAGCCGGCAGACAUGGCUGUGUACAUGCUCAACUGCCUGGGCCUCAUGCACGCUGCCCUCGCAAAGUACGCAUCCUUUACCGCCCCGGCUCUAGAGCUCGUCACCGGCCAGAUGGACGCCCACUUGCACACGCUCGUCGAGGAGCAGGCUCAGUCCAUCCUGUCAGGCUGCGGCGUCCUCAGCAAGCUCGCCGUCGCCCAGGAGCACAAUCCAACGACCGCCGGCCCGCUUUCCCGCGUCGACGGCAUGGCCCGAGACGACAUGGCCGCCGUCAUGCGCGCCUUUGACGCCCUCCUCUCAGCCACCUCUGUCCUCGUCAUGCCCGAGGCUGAGCGCCUCGUCGACCCCACCGCUCGCCAGAAUGUCCGCUCACAAGUGGCAGAGUUUAUCGCAGACGCCUACGCCCGCAUCUACGACGCCGUCUGCGACGCCCGCAACGGCUACGGCAACCCGGCGUCCAUCCUCCUCCACUCGCCCGACGAGAUCAAGAUCCUGCUCCGCUGAACUCCUCUCGCUACGUGCCAGCCAGGUACGCUUCCAACAGCGCCAGCUCGUCUUGGCCCACUACGUCGCGGAGGAGUUGCACCACUGCCUCGGUGCUCAUCCGAUGCUCGCCGUCGACCUCCCGGCCGUGCUCCUGCACCAGCACAUGCGCCUCAGACUCGGUCAUGCCGAGCUCGGUCACCACCUCGGCGAGCUCGUCACCGGAAAACGAGCCGCGGCCCUCGUAGUCAAACUCGUUCAAAAUGUCCCUCAGCCGUCCACGCUCCGCCAUCGCCGCAGCCACAGCGCCCGCCAGAUGCGGCAGCGUCUCGUCGUCCACAACAGAGCCCAUCACCCCCUCCAGCUUGUUGAUCGCCACCGUCUCGGCGCCUUGCAUCAUGAUACGCGCAAGGCUCUUGGCUCCUGCUGCGUCGCCGUCGCACACCACUCGCGUCAGCUCCAGCAACUCGGCGUAGCCUAGCUCGCCAGUGGAUCCUAUGUCGACAAGUUCCA